AUUUGAGAAGCUCUCCUGAAGUGUUUCCUGGGGAGCCACAGGACUGUGCUGACAUCAAGGCAAGUGGGCUGAAUAUCAGCAGAAUCUAUGGCAUCCACCCUGAAGGCGUCGGAAGAUCGUUCAACGUCUACUGUGACAUGGACACCGCUGGUGGUGGUUGGACGGUCUUCCAAAGAAGAAAGGACGGUUCCGUUAAUUUCAGUGGUAAUUGGUCACACUACAAGAAGGGCUUCGGGAGCGUUUCUGGUGAACACUGGCUUGGGAACGAUAAGAUUCAUCGCCUGACGAGCCAGAAGACUUAUGAACUACGGGUCGAUAUGGAAGAUUUCUCUGGGACGACCAGCCAUGCCAGUUACGGCGAGUUCAUGAUUGGCAAUGAGACCAUGAAUUAUGAUCUGAAGCUAGGUGCUUAUUCUGGCGGAGGUGCAGGAGAUCGCCUUGGUUUACACCGCGGACGUCAAUUCAGUACCAGAGACCGAGACAACGAUGGGUCCGAAUAUCAUUGUGCCAGCUAUUAUUCAUCCGGGUGGUGGUUUAAUCGGUGUCGCUAUUGCGACCUUAACGGGAUCUACUCGGACGACGGGGAUCUCGCUACCCCCGCGGACAAAAGAGGCAUGCUGUGGGACUUUAAGACAAUCCUUACGGGAAGCGAGAUGAAGUUACGCCCGUUAACCAUGGAUGACUGA